AAUUAUUCAUUUUUUCAUCAAUAGUUUCUAUAAAGUAUUAUAUCUUUGAUAAUAUUGAUUGUACUGUACUUUAUAGAUAUAAAUUUAUAUAUAUAUACACUGUAUAUAUCAUUAUAAGGAGAAACUAUUAAUAAAAAAUCAACAAAAAUUAUGGCGACCACUAAAAUGUCGAUAGCACUGGUAGCUAUCAUCGGCAUUGUUAUUAUGAUGACCAUGGUCAAAACUGAUGACGAAUCGGAAACUACAACACCAACUGCUAGUACUGAAGGCGGCAGUGAUGUCGUACUCAAAGAGGCCAAACCAGAUGACGAUACGACCACCACUACUACCACUACGACUACAGAAGCCGGUGAUGUCGUACUGAAAGCGGCCAAACCGUCGGAAGGUAAGGGAAAAGGAAAGGACGGUAAGAAAGGAAAAGCGGAUAAUAAAUCAAAAAAGGACGACAAGAAAAAACACGAUAAAAACAAACAUAAAGACAAACAAGAAAAGAAAAAGGACGGCAAAAAACCGGGCGGAAAGGGGACAACCAAAAAACCGUCGGCGACCACCCCCGGAGGUGAUGAUCCCGAUCCGGCCACUGCUCCGUCCAAAUAAUACUAAUAAUAAUAUUAUUAUUAUUAUUAUUAUUAGUGUUGUUAUUGAUAUUCAAUUGAUAUAUACAUUAUCUUAUAUACAGUAACUGUAUAUUUAGUAUUUUAGUUAAAAUUUAGU